AUGGGCCGAGCUCGGGAAGUGGGUUGGAUGGCAGCAGGACUCAUGAUUGGGGCUGGUGCCUGCUACUGUGUUUACAAACUAACAUUAGGAAGAGAUGACAGUAACAAGUUGGAGGAGGAGGAAGAGGAAUGGGACGAUGACCAGGAGCUGGAUGAGGAGGAACCUGAGAUUUGGUUUGAUUUCACAACUAUGGCUCGGCCCUGGAGUGAGGAUGGGGAUUGGACUGAACCUGGGGCCCCUGGAGGCACUGAAGAUAGGCCUUCAGGUGGGGGCAAGGCCAAUCGAACACACCCAGUAACACAGCGCCCAUUCCCUUACGAACAUAAAAAUACUUGGAAUAAUCAAAGCUUUAGAAAUUUCAGUUGUGUUCUUGACCUCUCCAAGUGUCCUUUCAUUGAAAAUCAGGGGCAGAUUAAGAUGUACAUCAAUGAAGUGUGUCGGGAGACUGUGUCACAUUGCUGCAACUCGUUUCUGCAGCAGGCCGGAUUAAAUUUGUUAAUAAGCAUGACAGUUAUUAAUAACAUGCUUGCCAAGUCCGUUUCAGACUUGAAGUUUCCUUUGAUAGCAGAGGGAAGUGGAUGUGCUGAGCUUCAGGUUUUGAAACUGUUGAUGGGUUUGUCCGAAAAGCCAGUCUUGGCAGGGGAAUUGCUGGGUGCCCAAAUGCUGCUCUCAUUCAUGUCCCUCUUUAUGAGGAACGGAAACAGACAGGUUCUCCUGGACACCCUGGCCUCUUAA